CGCCCUCCGGUUCUGGGUCCAGCCACAUCUCCCAAUGCGGGUUCGGAGCUGGAGCAGGCCCGACCUCAGACCAGUGGAGAAGAGGAGCUGCAGCUGCAACUCGCCCUGGCCAUGAGCCGAGAAGCUGCAGAGCAGGAGGAGCGCCUCCGCCGAGGCGACGACCUGAGACUACAGAUGGCCUUGGAGGAGAGUAAGAAAGAAGGUCCAGGCUCGGCAAAACUGCCCAAGAAGAAGAAGGAGCCCCAGUCGUCUCUGAUGGAUCUAAUGGACGUCCCCGAGCCAGGUGCCAAGGCUGACCCCUGGGGCAUGGGAGCUGGAGCUGCAGCUGCAUCAGCAGAUCCGUGGCAACCGUACGGCUCGGUCCCUAAGCCGUCGGUGCCAGCGGACCCGUGGGCGGCUCCGUCGUCUAUGCCUGCCGUGAAGGGCGGCGACCCCUGGGCCAACUCCGGUCCUGCGUCGGACCCCUGGGGUUCCGGAACCGGCCGCCCCAAGACCUCCAACACAGGUAACUUUGACCUGUUCAGUACAUCCAAUGGUACAGCCAAGGAAGACUUCUCAGAGUUUGACAGCCUGCGCUCUUCCUCCUCUGUCCCCACUGUCGAGGGGGGCAUAACAUCCUCUCUCCCCUCGCAAGUCAGUCUGGCUAGUAGCGGCAGCCUGGACCUGUUUGACCCGCUGCCCCCCUCUACUCUGAUCUCUACAAACCCAACUAGAAAGACUCCAGAGUCCUUCCUGGGACCCAACGCCGCCCUGGUCAACCUGGACUCUCUCGUGACCAAACCAGCUCAGCCGGCACCGGUCGUUAACCCGUUCCUGGCUGCUACAGGUGCCGCCGCUCCGGCCCCCACCGCCAACCCGUUCCAGAUGAGCCAGCCGGUCCCUCCCACCCUCAACCAGAUGCGCGUCAGCCCGAUGCCCUCUGGCUUCGGCGGCAUCGUGGACCCCAUGCCCCUGUCCUCUUUGCCCGCGCAGCCCGCCGCCAUGGUCCCCCUUCCAGGCAUGGCCCCCAUGGGCCACGGGAUGCCCGGCGUGGGAGGCGGCGGCGUGAGCGCGGGGAUCCCGCCCUCCAUGUCGCUGCCUCAGCCGCUGAUGAGCAUGCCCCCCCAGGCCGGGGCACAACCCGCCGGAACCACCAACCCCUUCCUCUUGUGAACGGAUAACUCCGGAGGUGGUGGGGGGGGGGGGGGGGCUACCUACGCCUCCUCCUUCACUUGCUCCUUAAGAAGCUUCAACAUGAACGAGGAGAUAUGUUAUCCCAUGUAUCCAUCUAUAAGCCACUCCCAGCCGGGUGCCCUACUAAAUCAUCCCGCUUCCUGACUCCUCUCUGCCCUCCUCUUCCUCCUCUUCCUCCUCCUCCUCCUCAGCUACAAGCUGCCUACUCUUGUGAGUCCCGGUCUGAUCCGAACACGAUGCUGGUGACCACAAAGAUGUUGCACCCGGAGACAGACUUCAGAUUUUAUGCCGGGGCGGGACCGGCCCCUCCGCCCCAUUCUUCCUCUUAUUUAGCCGCCGCCUCAUUCCUCGAAGCGCUCCUCUCCUCUGCUGUGGUGGGGGGGGGGG